GCUGCUGCUGCUGCUGCUGCUGCUGCUGAGGGUGCUGCUGAGGCUGCUGCUGCUGCUGCUGAAGAUGCUGCUGAAGAUGCUGCUGAAGAUGCUGCUGAGGCUGCUGCUGCUGCUGCUGAAGAUGCUGCUGAGGCUGCUGCUGCUGAAGAUGCUGCUGAGGCUGCUGCUGCUGCUGCUGCUGAAGGUGCUGCUGAGGCUGCUGCUGCUGCUGCUGCUGAAGAUGCUGCUGAGGCUGCUGCUGCUGCUGCUGAAAGUGCUGCUGAGGUUGCUGCUGCUGCUGCUGAAGAUGCUACUGAGGUUGCUACUGCUGCUGCUGCUGAUGAGGCUGCUGCAGCUGUUGCUGAGGCUGCUGCGGAGGCUGUUGGGGAGUUGCUCGCCGGCGCCGCCGGUGCAGCAGCAGCAGCACGUGCAGCACAAGCAGCAGCAGCAGCACGAGCAGCAGCAGCACCAGCGAAAGUAGUAGGGGCGGAUGCAGGGAACUCAGUGCCAGCAGCAGCAGCAGGAGCAGCAGCAGAAGCAGCAGCAGCAGCAGCAGGAGCAGCAGCCGCCACAGCGACAGCAGCGGGGAGCGAGAACGCGGCAGCAUCUGCAGCAGCAGGAGAAACAGCGCAGCAGCAGCAGACGCAUCAGCAGCAGCAGCAGCAGCAGCUGCAGCAGCGCUUGCUUCUCAAGCUCCGCUGGCCCUGUCUGCAGCAGAACCCGCUACAGCAGCAGCAGCAGCAGCAGCAGCAGCAGCAGCAGCAGCAGUUGUAG